AAGACGAUACAGAACACAAACGAGCACAGAAAGCGAAGACUGCCGAGAAAUAAAGAGAGAUGGAUCCAAAACUCACAGAAGUUUCUCAGCUAUUCGAACGCUUCAAAGCUGCAAUCACCAGAAAAGACUACGACUCGUGUACCGAACUCCUUUCUCAUCUCAAGGUUUUGCUGACCUCCUUCAGAAGCCUUCCGCCAUUAUUUGAAAAUACACCUAACUCAAUUCACGAGUUGACAUUAGCAAGGGAUAUUUAUGAGCACGCUGUUCUCUUGAGUGUAAAGAUUGAGGAUCAAGAUGCAUUUGAGAGGGAUUUCUUUCAAUUGAAGCCUUAUUAUACUGACGCUGGUAGUCGUCUUCCACCAUCCCCAAAUGAGUACAUGAUCUUGGGUCUUAACCUGUUGAGACUUUUAGUGCAAAACAGAAUUGCUGAAUUCCAUACUGAACUGGAAUUGCUUUCUUCUACUGCUUUGGAGAACCCUUGCAUCAAGCAUGCCGUGGAGUUAGAGCAAUCCUUUAUGGAAGGGGCUUAUAACCGUGUCUUGAGUGCCAAACAGAAUGUACCUAAUGAAACUUAUGGUUAUUUCAUGGAUCUCCUAGCAAAGACAGUGAGAGAUGAGAUAGCUGGAUGUAGUGAGAAGGCAUACGAUUACCUUUCACUUAAGGAUGCCCGCCAAAUGUUGCUGUACACUUCUGACAAAGAACUUUUGCAAUAUAUUGAGGAGGUAAAUUAUUUUAUCAUAUCUCAUUUAGUGGCCUAUGUGUGAAUAUAUAUGUUGUGGUUCUGUGUGUUUUACAAUGUGCCAG